UAAAAUAAUCAAUUAACUUACAGCAUGAAAACUAUCAAAUUGUUAUAUAUUCAAAUUAUUAUAUAUAAACAUUUAAAUAUAUAAGUAACUUUAUAAAUAUAUUUUAAUUAUGUAAAAUAUAUAUAAAAACAUGAAAAUUAGUACCCGCACGGUUGUGCGGGUCCAAAUCUAGUUUCUGAAUUAUAAUUUAAAUGUUUACAAGGAACAUGUUUGAACAUUAAAAUGGCAGAAAAUCAAAUAUUGGAAGCUUUUUAUGAAACUCUAUAAAGCAAGAGGUUUUUGAGCUGAUUUCCUUCUAAAAAGGGCUGAGGCACAACAAGAUCCCUUAUUCUUGUCUAAGAAAACUUUAUAAUAACGUGGCACAACAAGAAAGAACGUCAAACCCACUAAUGGUUGAAACUUGGCCCUUGUCUUAUUAGGUUUCGUGAUUCUUUUCCUAACCUUCCCAAAUGGUCGGUGCACUAUGCAAGGCUUGUAAUGUUCUCAUUUUUGGUGGCUUGGCCGGAACGGCGGAACACUAGUAAGAGAUGUUGAUGAGACUCAAUACGAUGUUAGUGUCAAGAUCCUCUUUUUCUCUUCUUUACACUCUAGGAUGAUGAGGUGAAUCUAUAUGCUAUAGUGCCUAUCCAUUUCUUCAUCAUUGCUAAAACCCAUACUUAAUUAUACCCUUGGGACCUCCUAAAAGACACAUUGAACUUUUGGUAGCGUGUUGCUUUGUUAUCUUCUUUGCCCACUUUAGGGACAUCCAUGUGUCAGUUUUCCCUAUUUUCUUUUUAUCCUCAUUUUUAAACGUUGAAUAGUUUGUUAAUGACAUCCAAUACAAUUAUUUGUUCAAUUUUUGGUUAAGCAGUUGGUUGUGAAAAUUUGAGAAUAAUUAAAGUUGAAUCUAGUUUUGGAAAAGUUUAACGCGGUUUGGUUUUUCUUUGAAUUCCAUACUUGUGAUUUAGUCUUUUUCUUUGUGCUAUCAUUUCAUACAAUUUUGAACAGAAUUGUUAGACAUCGCAUGUGCAAAGUAUGCUACAUUCAAGAUUGUUCGCUCGAACCAUUGUGGUCUAGUUCUAAAAUCUAUCACACACGUGUAUGGUGCCUUUCUGCAACUUUACUUCGAUUUAGACACUGAUUGUCUAUUUACAAUUUUGCUUAUCAAACACAUCAUCAAUCUUAACAGUUGUAAACUCUUACAGAUGAAAUUUAUAAAAAAAAAAGACUAGAAAAGUAAUAUCUAAUAUUUUUUCAUUACUUUUCCUAUAAUUGGUGAGAACACAGACGACUCCAAAGUAAAAAAAUCCUCCUCUGUAUCUUUGUAGGUUUGAGGUAUGCAUAAGAACCAAUUUUGUAAGUGGAUGAAAAUAAACUGAUGAGAUUUUUUCUCGAGAGCGUUGAACAAGUACAAAACUAAACUCUAAUGGGCCUGGGCUGCUUAAAAGCCCAAGUAACCGUAAAACCCCCAACACAAGCUUCAGCUUAAACCCUGGAGACUAAAAUCUUACCGUCGUCGUUGAUUCAAAAGAGAAAAAUGGCGAAGCGAUUGAUCCCGACGUUAAACCGUGUAUUGGUUGAGAAGAAUCUUCAACCUUCCAAGACCGUCUCCGGCAUUCUCCUACCGGAAACAUCUUCUCAGUUGAAUUCGGGGAGGGUGAUAGCAGUUGGUCCUGGAGCGAGAGACAGAACCGGGAAUCUGAUUCCGGUUUCGGUUAAGGAAGGAGACAAUGUUCUUUUGCCUGAGUUCGGUGGUACUCAAGUGAAGCUUGGAGAGAAAGAGUUUCUUUUGUAUAGGGAUGAAGAUCUCAUGGCUACUCUUCAUGAUUGAUCUGCAAUUUUUCAUUGGUUUCGACU